AGCAGCUCAACAGGCAACAAAGGAAGAGGCCGUGAGCUCCUCAAGUGUGCUAACCUAUUGUCACUCACAAAGGUGUCAAUUUAUUCGGGAGUGUGUCGGACUAGCUUCAUCUUUUAAACAAGUACCGACCCUGAAGAUGUAAACGCGGACGCUUUCCCUUAUCACUCGAAGGCAGAACAACGGCAAGCAUCCAACGAUAGGUGGUGUAAGUGGAACUUGACCCCUCCAGGCAAGUCGAGUCACCAUUUCCCUGCUCAUAAUGGGUUUAGGUGCUCCACUAUAUGCAUGACUUUUGUGCGACCUGAUGGGAGGAUACUGUGGAUAGUACUUUCAUCAGGAAACAAGAAGAAACAUCUCAUGCCCCCGCUUUGGAGGAGGGCCCCAUCAGAAUGAAGAAGAUCAGCCUGAAGACCAUUCGGAAGUCCCUGAGCAUAAAGGGCAAAGAGGAGGGCGACUUUGUCAUGCUCCAACAGCCCGCAGUGACCACAGAGUUCUCUAAGGACGAGUCACUUUUUGGUGGCUGCUACACCAAAGACCUAUCGGUGUGCAAUCUGGGUGGCGAGGAGGACAAAAGUGUUCAGAGUAAAAACCGCUCAAAGAGCGAGACCCUGAUGGGAUCACUGAAGAGAAGGUUAUCCGCAAAGCAGAAAGCAAAGGGAAAAGCUGGGUCCUCCAUCACUGGCUCAGCGGACGAUGAAGACACCUUCUCUUCCUCAUCUGUGCCCAUUAGCUUCAACGAGGUGAAAGCCCAGAGACCGCUGAGAUCUGCAUCGCUACGGAGUCACCACUACAGCCCCUCACCAUGGCCUCUUCGGCCAGUCAACUCUGAUGACGGCUGUAUUAAGAUGGAGGUCAAAGUUAAAGCCAUGGUUCACUCUCCUAGCCCUAGCCCCAACUUAAAUGGACUCAGAAAGGAAUUCAGCAAUUUUCAGAUGGAUGCGCUCUUUCAGGACCAAGCCGAAUCCUUAAAGCAGUCCCAAAAUGGUGACCUGCAUUUAAAUAUUGAUAAUGACGUGCCUGUGGUGCUGGGGUUGACGCCCCAAGACUACAUCCAGUACACAAUGCCUUUAGAUGAGGGAAUGUACCCGGAAGGGUCUCACUCCUUCUGUCUGGACAGCUCCUCUCCUAUGGAGAUGGUGGCUGAGGCAGACAUUGGGUCCCCCCUGGUGGACCAGGGACACGAGGAACAUGAAAUGGUGGGCUCUUUGCCUCCAGAUCUUUUUAUGGAAACCUCAGUUAAUAGUCUUCUUAUCGGUUCUGCUCGCUUAAUGCUCCAAAGCUCAAGAGGAGAAGUCCCGCCUCCUCUCUCUCCCCUUUUGCCUCCCAUGACCAGUAAUGGACAUAUCCCCAGGACUUUUUCAAGCUUCAGCUCUUCAGACAGUCAAGUUGCUGAGAGAGUUAGACACCACCUCAACUUUGACCCGAAUUCGGCUCCUGGGGUCAGCCGAGUGUACGAUUCUGUCCAAAGCAGCGGGCCUAUGGUGGUGACCAGCCUAACAGAGGAGCUGAAGAAGUUAGCGAGGCAGGGCUGGUACUGGGGCCCUAUCACACGCUGGGAGGCAGAGGAAAAACUAAUCAAUUUAGCCGAUGGCUCGUUUUUGGUCAGAGACAGUUCGGACGACAGGUACUUGCUCAGCCUGAGUUUCAGGUCCCAGGGCAAAACGCUUCACACCCGCAUCGAACACUCUAAUGGACGCUUUAGCUUUUAUGAGCAGCCGGACGUGGAGGGACACACUUCUAUUGUGGACCUAAUUGAACAUUCUAUAAAAGACUCUGAGAAUGGUGCUUUUUGUUACUCAAGGUCUCGCUUACCAGGGUCUGCAACCUACCCUGUCAGACUAACUAACCCUGUAUCUCGUUUUAUGCAAGUGCGUUCCCUUCAGUACCUUUGUCGCUUUGUCAUUAGACAAUACACGAGAAUAGACUUGAUUCAGAAACUGCCCUUACCCAACAAGAUGAAAGAUUACCUGCAGGAGAAGCACUACUGAGGCCACACAGCAGUCCUGGCAGUUUUGCACUUUUGUGUUCAGUUAAGCGUACACAAGGUUUACAGACAAGUAACAAUUUGAGAUAAUUGGUUCUACCUGGAGGCUCUGGUCUAGAGGUUGACACAACACAAACCAUCACGAGUUGCCCAAUGAAGAGCUGACAUUAGCCAUAUAUUACAUGGAGUAUUAGGAGAGGAAAAAAUCAUUUUCACGAUUAUAGAUUGAAGUAUAGGUUGUAUUCACCUGGUGUCGCUUCCGGCUCAUUAACUAUGCGAGGCUCAAAGUGGUGGGUCAGCGAACGUCUGUUGUCAUAGCGUUCUGGGUGGCAUUUUGCCUUUCUCGAAGAAUAAUGCCUUAUGCUUGUUAUUUUCGGCUGUUGGAACUGCAUAAAUCGUGAAAAGGAUACAAGUUUCUUCAGAUUUAUUGAGAGGUAAUCAAAAAGGGCGAAAUAUGUCAAGAUUUUACGAAAGAUGACGAGAAAAGUUGCGUGCACUACAGUCCCGAGGGAGAAGAGACAAGAAACACAUGAGUUUGCAGUAAUCGCUUUGUAAAGGUUUGUUUGAUAUACUGUAUCGUUUAGUAUUUCCCAUUUAAUUAUCAUCUUGAUAUUAUUUGUAUUUUAUCUUAUUUUGGAGUUUUAAAAGCGCAGUUUUGCUACGAGUGUUUCGUAAACCAACUCGGUGAGCCUAAAUAAAAGAGAAAUCAAAUGUGAGCAAAACCUAAAAUUGUUAAGCUUUUACCAAAGGCAGCAUUGUAAAUCAAGCUUUCAGCACAUACACAACGUUGAGAUCUAUAGUUAUAUUUCGAUAAAGAUGGUGGAAAAUACACAUACUUGUAACGGCGCAACGAAAUUAAGGCAACAGACAUGGCUGUAAACGCGACGUUAAAUCAUGAAAUGCAACGUUACCCGAGCAAAAACAAUGCAUAUUUUAUCCAGGAUAGUCUUCAUAACAAUUUCCUUGACUGAGCCACACACAAAGAAGUUGUAGACAUCUGUGCUUUUUGAAAAUGUCAUGUUUUGUCGUGUAGAAUGACAUGUUUGUGAACGUGACCGAAGGCUAAUCCUUGACAUCACUCGACAAAUCUUUUUUUGAUAAUUUACAAGGAUAAAUUUCAUUGCAUGGUUUGCAUUGUUUGCUUGUAUCAGCUUUUAGUGGUAAGAUCAAGACCACUUGCCUACUUCGAUAGUUUUCACACUGUUUGUGUGUGUGUUUGGCAAAGUAGCCAUGUUGAUUUUGUGGCCCACCACUUUGUUUACUUCUGUUUAAAAGUCACAUUACUGAAUACAACCUAUAUCAUGAUUAAUUUGGUGAUUUAAGGACUUUACCAUUGAACCAAAACAUCACUUAUUGUAUAACACAGGCACAACUCCCUUGAGACUGACCAAUUGUGAACAUUAUUUAUUGAACUUUCAAAAGAGCGCAUGUUCAGAUAUUCAUGUUACCCUGCGUUCGUUUUGUUAAACAGAUUAUUGGCAAAUUGCUGUAUGUAUUUCCAUCAUGAUUUAAUCUGCUCAACACUGUCACGCUACAGAUGACACGCUACAAAUUAGUGCUUUAGUAUGGUCAACUGGUAAAUGCUUUGUUUCUAAGGUAGAUCCAGAGAAAGCACAAAGAUGUAUAAGGAAAGACAAAAUCAAACAGCACUGAAACAUGAACAUCAUGCUCUGUCACAAGUGGGACAUGUCCAAGUAGUCAUAGUGGUCGCUGGUCCGGAAUUUAGGCAUACUUAAACCAACAAGGAGCUUUAAAUUAGCAUCUGGCUGUGUGGAAGCCAUUCUAUAUUAUGCAAGUCAAACGGUACUGAUGAUGCUGGAUUUUUUUGUUGUUGUUUUUGGAAAUAACCGUGUGUUCAUACUUUGAGCUACAAUUCAGUGGGAGAUACUUUGCUUGCUUGGUAUUCACAAAAUAAUAUUCUGAAUUUUUUUUUACGAAUGCAACCAUAUGCUAAAGUAGUUUUUCUACUUUCAUCUCCCAUUUAGAUUUUUGUCUUUAAUUGGUACACAUCAAAAAAUGAGAAUAAUAGGUCCUUUUUUAAGUAUUUAAAAAAAAAUUGGGAAUAUCUUAAAAGCUAAACAGCAGGUAGAGUUGUUGCACUUUUUAUGAGUCUUAUUUGCAUGUUUUGAAGGCUACAACUGUCAACCUUAGUAAGAAAAGAUGUCACAGUAGAAGGUUAAACAUGUUGCUAUAUAAGGUAAACUGCAACUUAACCUGAAUCUGUAUGGAAGUAUUUUAGUCUCAAAUGCAGGCACUGCCCUGGACCCUGAUCAAAUGAAUCCCUCAAAAUUGUUUGAGCCUUGUGUGAAAGGAUUUGGUAAAGCCAGGGUUGGCUUGAUGUCAAGGUCCCAGCUUAUGUCAAUUCCACUACAGCUGCUUAGCAUCAUUAGCACGAUAAAAGAAUACAGUUUCGCAUUAGCCUGUAAUUUCUUCAGAGCGGGGGUCUCACUUGUGGUUAAUAUAUAUAUUACACUACAAUCACACAUGGGGGAUCUUCUACUAUGGUGAAUCCUAAACAGCUGUGCUAACUCUUAACAUUUAACUUUAGUAACCUCAAAACUCUCUUAGCAUGCUUUGUGGCGCCUUUUUACAAAUAGUUGCUCAAAGUACAUGUUGAGUUAACAUAGUGUAUGAAUUAUCUACCCGUUGCAUUGAGAUGGUUAUAAGGUUUUCUUCUUUUGACUAUGUUGAGUAAUUAUCUCCUGCUGUUCCCUAAUGGCUACUGUUGGCCUAAUCAAAGAGCAACUUUAAGGAAGCUGAAGUGUCUGACCAUCCUCUGGCAAACUCAACAGUGUCAAAAUAUGAAUUUUACUCAAGGUCUCCAGUAGCUCAGGGUCACUAGCUGCUGGUAGAAGUAGUUGAAAAAUGUAGUCAUGUGGCUAAAAUGUAAUUCUGAAGUGAACACAGUACUUUAUGCGGCCCAACCUCUCACCCAGACCUUACCUCCAGCAGCCCCCAGGGUAAAUUGAGUUUGAGACCCCUGCUCUAAAGUAAAGGGAAAAGCACAUACUUCACUACACAAGUGCUUUAUAUGGAUACCUUGAUAGGAAUUGUUUUUCACAAUAUUUAUGUGCAUCUCUUUUGACACUAGUGUCCUUAAAAGUACAUGGAGACAGACCCUCAGACUAGUUUGGUAGGCCGUUUGCGCAUAGUUCUAGUUAGUUGAAAACUUUGGUAUCUGAGGACCAGGAGUUGAAUGGUGUUGCACGUUAAAAACCUUUCCAAGGUUUGAGUUGUAUAGCAAUUAGGGAUGUAACAAUAAAAAUAUGUAUUUUCAUGUUUAUUGGGACUUAAAUUAUCACAGUUAUCAUUAUCGCGGUAUUCUUGAAUGUGCUCAAAAAUACUUAUAUACACAUAAAAUCUUUAGAUUUUUUAAAUGGCUAAAAUAAAUAGACCCACUGUUAGAAAGUCCACAAUUUGUAAUGUUAUUGUUUCUUAUAUUUCACUGAUAACUGUUUUAGUGGGCGUUUUGGUGUCGUACUCUGGUUACUGGUCCUUGAACGCACCGUAAAAACAUCUCAAUGUCAUAUUCCUUUUGAGUAAACUCCGAUCACUCGACGAGCACAGCUUUUAGCCUUAAUGUGCACAAUUGAAUAGCUUAGUUGCUCAGACAGUAUUGUGUUUUUACAAGUUUAGAUUGGAGUAUGUAAUGUUUUAAUGAGGAACGACAUUAAUGUCGCUAAUUCAUGUUAGCUUUUAAGCUAGCGCCAGUUUGUCUAAGUUUAUCAAAGUGCGGCUAUCAAAAUUUAAAGCGAUAUUACUAACCGUCGAGAGUUUUACCACAGUUAGCAUUAAUACAGUUUAUUGUUACAUCCCUAAUAGCAAUGAAGGAUCUAGGUAAUGCUAAACUAUACUACAGAUGUUUUCUUUCUGUUAAACAAGAGUUGGACAUUCUGCAUGAACGUUUUUUUGGAAUCUAUUUUAUUUUUAUUGACUUUUGCCAUCUUGGGGGAUUGAGGCUACAUGAAAAGAAUGAAAUAGAAUUAGGAAAACCAACUACAUUUGAAGAAAUACAUUUUUUUGCACUUGGAUACUCUUCUUAUACAUCCUGCCGAGAACGGUCCGUCCGCAUGAUAGCCAUUUUUCUUUUUACCAUCGAUGCUAACUGAUUUGUUUGGUGUCGUGUGUGUCCGACAUAGAGGGUGAUACACCAGCAUCCUGUCCAGGAAGGAGCUCAUGAAUGUGGAUGUGAUUGAAAUGUGAACUUAAGAUGUUUUUUUUUUUAAACUGUUUUUUUAAAUGUAAUACUGUUAUGAUUUGCAAUUAAUUGUUUAUUCAUUGUAAAGCAUUAACGACUUCAAUGUCCGAUUCCACAAUGCUUGAUCUGGCCGCUGACACGUUUUGAAUUAGCCUUUAUACACUAAAGCAUCACUGCUUUUCCGUGCAUCUCAAUGAAGGGUAUUGUUUACAACAAUAUAUUUUGGAAAUGCCUGUCCCUUUCCUGUUUUGUUGACCUCUCACAUGAAUAUAUAUUGGUACAAGACUUUGUCAUGUGUUUUACACAUUUGUGCUGCUUACAGAAAUGAUUGCCUUUCUUGUAUUUAACAAAAUGGGAACUCGAAUGUCGCCAAUUUUAAUGUAUGUACACACGAUGACUUGUGUUGUCGUUUUGGGAGAGCAACACAAAUUGGCAAUUUGUUAACUAUAGUUCAGUUCAAAAGAGCAUUAGGAGUGAUUAGUAAACACUCUAGAACAUGGGUGUCAAACUCUGGCCCGCCGUGUAAUUUCACUUGGCCCUUGAGGUGAUAUCAAAUUAAUACUAGAGCCUGCCCGCCGAUUAUAUACAGCGGCGGUGCCGCGGUAACACCACAUUCACCGCUAAUUCUCAUGCUUGCCAACCCUCCCGGGAGACUCUCAAAUUUCAGUGCCCCUCCCGAACAUACUUGCCAACCCUCCCGAAUUUUCCGGGAGACUCCCGAAUUUCAGUGCCUCUCCCGAAAAUCUCCCGGGACAACCAUUCUCCCGAUUUCUAGCCGGACUUAAGGCACGCCCCCUCCAGGUCCGUGCGGACCUGAGUGAGGACAGCCUGUCGUCACGUCCGCUCUUUACUUCAUACUUCAGAACCGACUCCCACACUUGCCGUCAGGGUGCGCAAUACAACGUAAACGUUGGCCAACCAAAAAGUUACUUUUUGGUUGGCCAACGGUUUACGUUGUAUUGCACACCCUGACGACAAGUGUGGGAGUCUGUUCUGAAGUAUGAAGUAAAAAGACGUAACUUCAUCACCUUGCCUGGUUAUUGACUCCAACCCAGAAUAUUACACUGCACACACCUAUGCUCCUUCAAAGGCUGUGCUACUGGCUGCAAAUCAUUGCACUUUCAAAUACAACAAUGAGUAGAGAGGAGUGUUAUGUGUGUAUAUGUGUAAAUAAAUGAACACUGAAAUUCAAGUAUUUAUUUUAUAUAUAUAU